CUCGCUUUUGUUUGGUCUUCGGCGUAAGUAGUGGUAGUAGGAGUUGCUAGCCUGAUAGCUAUGUUGUGUAACUAACGCGUUUUUCUCCAGGACAGGAUGCCAGUAGAAGGUACUGAUGACCAGAUUCCUCCUAACCUAUACAGUAAUGCGAGGGCUGCUCUUACCCCUGGAGGAUUACAGGAAGAUGUGGCAACCCGAAGCACGGCUGGACACUCCAGCUCCAUCACUGGGGCCAGGCAGGGGGACUCUGAGCAGCCUGCUGUGGCCUGCCCAGACAACAUUGGUCCCGGGGAGGGCAGCACUGGCGGCGGUAAGAAGUCCGGUGCCCUGCUACACAUCGACCGUCAGCGCAUUCAGGCUGUGCGUGCCAGCUCCGGGGCUGCGGAACUGCAGGGCCUGGGGGUGGCCGUGUACGACCAGGAUGCCUUGGAGCAGGGGGUCUUGGAGCAAGUGGACCAGGCCAUUCAGGAGGCCAGCCAGGCCGCAGCCAAGGCAGAGGCAGAGAAGGAGUACCAGUCGGUACUGGACGAUGUCAGGUCAUGUAUGGGAGCUCUGAAGCACAUCAGUAAGAUCAUAGAGCAGCUGACUCCCUACGCCGCCUCCAGUAAAGACAUCAGCAGGAAGAUCGAGUCUGUCAGGCGGCAGAAGGAGAACAAGGAGAAGCAGUUGAAGAAGAUCAGGGCAAAGCAGAGGAGGCUACAAGCCAUCCUGGGUGGAGAUGACGCUCUGAAGAUGGAGGCUGCGGUACUUCUGGAAGAUGAUGGGGAUGAGGAGCCAGGUCCGUCUACACUGGGCAGUAUGCUAAUGCCGGCCCAGGAGACAGAGUGGGAGGAGCUAAUUAGGACGGGUCACAUGACGCCAUUUGGAACGAGGGUCCCGCAGAAAGAGGAGAAGAAGAAGGAACCACGAAAGUUCAUGCUGUCUGAAAACUCUGGCUUUGACGCUUACCUGGCAGACCAAGCUAAGAUGGCGGUGGACAGGAAGAGACCUGCACCCUUGAAACAAAAGAAAAAAACUGCCGUGGGCGAGGGAGGGAGAACAACCACCCGAUUGACUCCACCCUCUGUGGACCAGAAGCUCCAGAAGCGGAUGCGCACCCUGCAGAGGGCUGCUCUGAAGGCCCACCCUAAGGCCCGGGCCGAAGGCCCCUCGCUGGUCCCUAAGCCCCGGAGGAAGAGCCGAGCCGCGGAAGAAGAGACCGACAGCGAGGGGUCCGAGUACCUUCCCAGCGACGAACUGAUGGACCCUGAGAGGGAUGAGAUUGAGGACCGAGACGAAGGCUGGGGCGCGGACGAGGAUGAGCUCUAUGAGUUGAAGCCCUACAGGAGGAAGAGCAAGGGAAUAGGGGCCAAGAAGGUUAAAAAGAGUUCAAGCGAUGACGAGAAGGACUACUACCCCGACAGCUCUGACGAGGACGAGGGUCCCACCAAGAAAGGAAAGGAGAGGAAUAAGAGCAAAGAUGAUGGGGAUGUGGAGUUCUACAAGCAGAGGAUACGGAAGUGGAGGAGGCAGCGCCUGAAAGAGAAAGAGGAGAGAAGAGAGAAUGGGGAGGAGGAGAGUGACGAGAGUGACGCAGAGUUCGAUGAAGGCUUCAAAGUGCCUGGAUUCCUCUGGAAAAAACUCUUCAAGUAUCAGCAGACAGGUGUUCGGUGGAUGUGGGAGCUGCACUGCCAGCAGGCAGGGGGGAUUCUGGGAGAUGAGAUGGGUCUUGGUAAAACCAUCCAGGUCAUCGCUUUCCUAGCCGGGCUCAGCUACAGCAAACUACGCACACGAGGGUCCAACUACAGGUACCAGGGACUGGGUCCCACUGUGAUUGUCUGCCCGGCCACGGUAAUGCACCAGUGGGUCAAGGAGUUCCACACCUGGUGGCCCCCGUUCAGGGUGGCUGUCCUGCAUGACACUGGGUCCUUCACACAGACUAAGGAGAAGUUGAUAUCGGAGAUAACGGCGUGUCAUGGCAUCUUGAUAACAUCAUAUUCCGCCGUAAGGAUGAUGCAGGAAGCCCUGCAGCGAUACGACGGCUGGCACUACGUCAUCCUGGACGAGGGACACAAGAUCCGCAACCCUAACGCUGGAGUUACCACGGCCUGUAAACAGUUCCGCACUCCGCAUAGGUUUAUACUGUCCGGCAGUCCCAUGCAGAACAACCUGAAGGAACUCUGGAGUCUGUUUGACUUUGUGUUCCCUGGCAAACUUGGAACUCUGCCCAUCUUCAUGGAGCAGUUCUCCGUGCCCAUCACCAUGGGAGGCUACAGCAACGCCUCAGCUGUACAGGUCCAAACCGCUUAUAAGUGUGCGUGUGUACUGAGGGACACCAUUAACCCCUACCUGCUCAGACGGAUGAAGGCUGACGUGAAAGCCAACCUGUCCCUACCUGACAAGAAUGAACAGGUCUUGUUCUGCCGCCUGACUGAGGAGCAGCGCGAGGUUUAUCAGCGCUUCCUGGAUUCCAAGGAGGUCUACCAAAUGCUGAACGGGGACAUGCAGGUGUUUUCGGGCCUGAUAGCUCUGAGAAAGAUCUGCAACCAUCCCGACCUAUUCUCUGGAGGUCCCAAGAUCCUGAGAGGAAUCCCAGAGGACCAGCUUACUGAAGAUGAGCACUUUGGCUACUGGAAGCGCUCUGGGAAAUUGAUGGUGGUGGAAUCACUGCUCCGUCUAUGGUUCAAACAGCAUCACAGAGUCCUGCUGUUUACACAGUCUAGACAGAUGUUGGAGAUAUUGGAGGUGUUUGUGAGAGACAAUGGCUAUAGCUACCUGAAGAUGGAUGGUACCACCACCAUCGGCUCUAGACAGCCUCUCAUCGCUCGCUACAACGAGGACAAGACUAUCUUCGUCUUCUUGUUGACCACCCGAGUGGGGGGGUUAGGGGUCAACCUGACCGGAGCCGACAGGGUCAUCAUCUAUGACCCUGACUGGAACCCUAGCACUGACACACAGGCUCGGGAGCGUGCGUGGAGGAUUGGUCAAACACAGCAGGUGACCGUGUACAGACUUCUGACCGCUGGCACUAUCGAGGAGAAGAUUUACCACAGGCAAAUCUUCAAACAGUUCCUUACCAACCGUGUCCUCAAGGACCCCAAACAGCGACGUUUUUUCAAGUCUAAUGACAUCUAUGAGCUGUUUACCUUAACUAACCCUGAUGGGACCCAGGGCACGGAGACUAGUGCAAUAUUUGCAGGUACGGGUUCUGAUGUCCAAGCUCCUAAGAAGCCAGUCAGGUCUAGGUCUAACCACACCCACAGACACUCUGCAACCAAUCACGUUGUUAGCGCCACUGAAGGUGGAGCCAUCCCGUUGCCCUGCCCCGAAGACAGGACAACCCCGGUUCACAAUAACAUAUCUCUUGAGAAGACCAACAGGCUGAUAGACAGCCAGGAAACCAACCAGGCUGAGGCAAAAGAGGGACCGGACAUCCCUAUUGGCCAGUCCAAUACAGAUGCUGACACGGAGCCCUCCGGCGGGGACAGAACUGAUGCUCACAUACUGACAGACCCAGACCAAAACUCAAAUCUGUCUCAGAAACACGCUGACUCACACUUAACUAGCCCCAACUCGCAUAAAUACUUCCACUUGAAAACACAGAGCCCCAACAAACAGAAGCACAAAGACAAACACAGUCCACACACGCACAGAGAUGCUCAUAGUCCCCACAAACACAGGGAGAAGAGGAAGCACUGUGACUCCACAGGAGAAGGGCCUAAAACCAAGCACAGGAAACAGAAAGAGGCCAAGGUCGAAGGCCACCGCAUCUCAUACCUGGUGAAAAAGAGGAGCUACAAGGGACAGCAGGAGAGCGAGGAGCAGUCGGAGAAGCCGGACCAGAGGCUGAACGAUGACUAUGUACUGGCCAAACUCUUCAAGAAGUCAGGUAUUCACAGUGUGAUGCAGCAUGACUCUAUUAUGGAAGCCUCUAACCCAGACUUUGUCCUGGUGGAAGCUGAAGCUAACAGAGUGGCUAAAGAAGCUCUGAGAGCUCUGAAGGUCUCCAGACAGCAAUGCAGACUGCCCUACAACCGACCUGCCGCACCUCCAGCCAGGAAGAGGUUUGGUCAGAAGAAGAAUCCCUUGCUGUCUGCUCCCCCCCUGGCAGCUGCCACAGCUCCAGUCAAAUGCAAGGAUGCUGCCAUCGUCAAGAAAACUGCCGCAAGAAAAGUUAUCCCGGGGGGGCACUUCAGUGGAGAAGGAGUUGAGGCACCAGAGGGCCCCGAUGUGUCCUCCACAACAGCGCCCCUGUCCUCCUCUGCCCUGCUUGCUCGCAUGAAAGCUAGGAACCACCUCAGUGUCUCCCAGAGAGGGGAUGUGGAGGAGGAGGAAGAGGAGGGGGUUCCCUCUGCACUGGCUCCCUCUGGCCCCCCAGCCCCGGCUACAGAACAUGACGAGCUCCUGGUGGAGCUGAGGAACUUUGUGGCAUUCCAGGGGGCAGUGGACGGACAGGCCACAACCAAAGAGGUUUUGGAGUACUUCACCCCCAGGCUGAGCCAGAGUCAGGCCCCGAUCUUCAGGGAGCUGCUGAGGAGCAUCUGUCACUUCCAUAGGGUUGAGGGACAGGAGGGAACAUGGAGACUUAAACCUGACUACAGAUGACAAGGGUCCUGAGCUAGUGGUGGAUCUGAGCCAGGGAUGGGGGGUUUAUGGGUACUGUACCUGGGAUCUACUUGAAUAAGACAUUUUGUAAUGACGUUGUAACAGAGAUUUACUCUGCAGGGCAAAAUAGAAUAUGUAUUAAUAAUGGAAUUUUAAACACUUCCAACAUAUUGAAGUUGGAUUUAGCAAUGUUCUAAAGUGUAUAUAUCUGCUGCUAUUGGAACUGUCCAUUUCUCAACAAAACACAAUUUUUUGACCUACCUGAAUGCCUGUUGGCGUAGCUGGAAAUAUGUAAAUGAUAAUAUUUUAUACACACAACAUAAAUGUGUAUUUCAUGAUGUUGGAAUAAAUCUUUG